UGCCACCUGCUGCCCUAGCUACGCAGAGCAUCCGCGCUUGCCCGGAGGAACCAAGCUACAGUCUCUCGCGGCUGCUGGCCUGGAUAUGGACCCCGAGACCUGCCCCUGUCCUACUGGUGGUUCCUGCACCUGCUCGGACAAAUGCGAGUGCAAGGGCUGCAAAUGCACGAACUGCAAGAAGAGCUGCUGCUCCUGCUGCCCUGCAGGGUGUGAGAAGUGUGCCAAGGACUGUGUGUGCAAAGGUGAAGAGGGGGCCAAGGCGGAGGCCGAGAAAUGCAGCUGCUGCCAGUGAGGACUCAGUCCCUCCCGCACAGCCCAUGGCAACAGUUGCUGGGUGUCCCUGGUGGGGCGGGGCUGUUGUCCCCCUCCCUGGCUGCCUGUGAAUAAAUCCCAUGCACAGCAUGAA